CGCUACUUUCUCCACCUACAACGAUCGACAGACUGUGUGUUCACCCACCUGGUAUCUCGAAAGUGGAUGCUGCGGGUUGCGAGCGGUCCACGGAGGAAGGGAACACGCUUUUUAGAAAGGGGGGCUGCACACUUAGCGCGGAGAGCGAGCGGACGAGCUAUACACUCACGGCCGCACCGGCUUUUCGCACAUUUCACGCCAUGGCACCCAGCAAACUAAACCUAGCUCUUCUCGGGGUUCUGCUAAGCCUGCAGAUGACCUGCGGCAGGAUCAUCAGUUUUCACGCACCAACGUCCCUUCCCUCCCACAAGGACUUCCGCAUUGUGAUUCCUGACGGCUCUUCCCCAUCAUAUGCCGCUCUCGCCGCCCGCUCAGAACCUGCCCCCGUGCAAGAGGACCAAAAUGACAUUCCACCUCCACCCCGCCCGUUGCCCCAAGUUCGCCCCCAGGCUCCUCAAGCUCCCCAGAUGGUGAACCCCCCGUCCUACGCCGCAAACGCCGCCGCCGCUUUCGGCAUCAUCCCUCCCGCUUCCGGAAUUCUCCCCAAUACUGCCCCCGUCACCGAAGCCCCUAGAGACCCUAAUCUGCCCACAGCUGCCCCCGGAGUCGUUCAGAUCGUCAACUCUGUCAUCCCCAAUGGUGCACGUCGCAUUGUUGAGCCACCCCCGGCGAUCGUUCCUCCUCCUGAUGCGGUUACUUAUGUCCCCCUUCGUGAGCAGCACCAGCAACUCCUUGCUCAGGGUUACCAGUUGGAUCAGUAUGCUGCUCCUGGAGCGGCCUUCCGCCCUCCCAGCGCCCGCCCGUCCAUCCCUAGCCUGCCUCAGCAGCCUUCAUACGCCUCUAACUUUGCCACUUUCUCCAACGGAGCCGCCAUCCCCGCUGAAGGCUCCCCUCUUGCCCCUGCCACAGCUACGCCCCUGGUCGCAGCUGCCCCUUUGAACCCCCUGGCCCGCCAAACCAGCGUGUUUGGUAACGCCGCUGAACUGAGCAUCCCUGCCAGCGCCAACCUGCAGUUCACGCACCACCCUGGGCACGGUGAGGCUGGAGGCACUUCCUACAGCUCAUCAUCAUUUACCAACAGGGUUCAGUAAAAAAAAACACACGUAAAGGUGUGAAAAAUCUAGUUUUGCAUCCAUUCGCCUGUACACACCAUCAUUGCCAUUCCAGUUCAAUAAGUUAAUUGUUCGCUUCGUUUUAUUUAAUAAAUCUACAUUUUCCUAACAA